UCGUCGCUACUUUUUUUAAAAAAAAAAAAAAGAAAAUUGAUCUUCAACGAGUUUAACUAUCCAUGUCGUCGGAUAUAAGCUAGACCUUUUCUGCAAAAUCGUCCUCGCUCUCUGUGGCUUUUCACUUUCUCUUCAACGAUUCGAAAAGAUUUUCAUUCUUUGUAACCCAAAAAAAAGAUGGCUAAAUGCAGCAACUUUAACGGAGUUUAUUGCGACGAGAUUUUCAUGAUUGAUCUCGCGAGUUUGUUUUUGUAAUUGGCAUCUGCGACGAAAACUUUUAAAAGAUCGUUUCUUUUUUUUUCUUCUUUUUCUUGGCCGCAGAGAGAAUGGGAACAGAUAGUUUGUUACUGGCAACGGUGGGACCGCCGAUUAAACCGCGAGCGGGGUUGAGGAGAAAACAGGCUGGAAGAGGCUCUUACAGAGGAAGCUAAGGGCUUUAUUGCAAACAAAGAUAGGUUGGGGGUGAUUUUGAUUGAAAUUUUGUUGUUUUUAGGUGGAGUGGGGGACCUUUUUGAACAAAAUAAAAAGUUGGUUUCUUUUAUUGAGGAGAGAUAGAGAUGAGCAGUACAACUAGCAGUGAGUUGCACCAGAUACUGAGAAGUCUCUGUCUCAAUACUGAGUGGAAGUACGCCGUUUUUUGGAAGCUUAAGCAUCGAGCUCGAAUGGUGCUGACUUGGGAGGAUGCGUACUAUGACAAUCAUGACCAACAUGAUCCUUCAGAGAAUAAUUUUUUCGGAGAUACAUUAGAAAACUUGCACAAUGGAUAUUAUUCACAUGACCCCCUUGGUUUAGCUGUGGCAAAGAUGUCUUAUCAUGUGUAUUCGCUAGGGGAAGGGAUUGUUGGACAGGUGGCAGUUUCUGGGAAGCAUCAGUGGAUAUUUGCAGAUAAGCAUGUUAACAGCUCCAGCCCAUUGUUUGAGUUCUGUGAUGGUUGGCAAAGCCAGUUUGCAGCAGGGAUCAGGGUAUUCGAGGAUGUGAAGCUGGUGAGUCACAUCAGAGAUGUUUUUUUUACUCUUCAAGAUUCUUCGCUAGGGCAUAUUGCCAGUCCAAUAGAAUAUAGCAUGAAGAGUUCAUUAUUUGAGCCAGAUUUACAUACGAAACUAUUAGAUUCAGAAGUUAUUUCUUUAGUUAAAGCUGUAGACAAAGAAGGGCCAGAUGUUUUGUUGCCUGAGUUUUCACAUUGCCAAAAGUGCAGUGAUGGUUCGUUUGUUCUUCCACUGUCCAGAAUUCAUCACAAAGUGGCGGUUGAGGUGGAAAAUAAGAAUGAAGGGCUUGAGCUAUCCUCAGCAGGGAGUGAUGAGAGUGCUAAAUUCCUGACACCAAGAUUAAAUGUUUCAAACUUGGAGCGUCUAAAUCAGUUGGGGAGGAAUUUGAUAAACAGUGGGGCAUGCGAAGGGGAGACUAGUGGUUGGAAAAGUUCAAGUUUGGGACAAGAAAAUGUCUACACAAACAAUCCUGUUGUGGGUAGUAUAAAUUUAUUUAAUGUGGCACUUCAAGCUGAACAGUCUGCAGUUGAUCAUGCAUGCUACUCAAACUUCCUUCACUCUGCACUUAGUGAUAUGGUUAAGUCGGGUGGUUUGAGUUCUUAUCAAAAUAUGGUGUUGGACAUACCUGAAUCUUCAGGCAUAAAAUUUGAAAAGGACAUGACGAAGUUGGGGAAUCCGAGUGAUUUAAGUGGCUUAGACUCAAUAAACACUUCCUUAAAGUUUUCUGCUGGCUAUGAGCUUUAUGAAGCACUUGGACCAGCUUUUCUGAGAAAGAAUAUCUAUGCUGAUUGGCAAGCACAGAAUACAGAAGCAGGAGCUAAUAUCGAAAUGCUAGAGGGGAUGAGCAGCAGCCAAUUGACUUUCGAAUCUGGUUCAGAGAAUCUCCUAGAAGCUGUAGUGGCAAAUGUUUGCCAUAGUGGCAGUGAUAUCAAAAGUGAGAGAUCUUUUUGCACAUCAGCACCAUCAUUGGUGACAACUGGAAAUACACCAGAGCCUUCAAGCCAAACAAAACUUACUUUUAAUUCAGCUGGUUAUUCAGUUAACCAGUCCUCUCUCGUGGAAGAUAACACAAAGCAGUGCCUAAAUUCGUCAGAGUUAUGUGGUGCAAUGUCUUUGAAAGGGAUUUCUUCUACUUGCCCUAGCAAUUGCAGUGAGCAGUUUGAUAGGUCUUCUGAGCCAGCUAAGAACAGCAAAAAGAGGGCUAGACAUGGUGAAAAUCCCAGGCCUAGGCCAAGGGACAGGCAACUCAUUCAAGAUCGUAUUAAGGAACUAAGGGAGCUUGUGCCUAAUGGGGCAAAGUGCAGUAUUGAUUCAUUGCUGGAGCGCACGAUCAAGCAUAUGGUCUUUUUGCAAGGCAUCACUAAGCAUGCUGACAAGCUCAGUAAAUGUGCUGGAUCAAAGAUGCAUCACAAGGGAGUUGGCAUUCAUGGAUCAUCCAAUUAUGAGCAAGGUUCAAGCUGGGCAGUGGAAGUGGGAAGCCAUCUAAAAGUUUGCUCAAUAGUAGUGGAGAAUAUAAACAAAAAUGGGCAGAUGCUUGUAGAGAUGUUGUGUGAGGAAUGCAGUCAUUUUCUUGAGAUAGCGGAGGCCAUUAGAAGCUUGGGCCUGACAAUUUUAAAGGGGGUUACAGAAGCACAUGGUGAGAAGACUUGGAUAUGUUUCGUGGUUGAGGGACAGAAUAACAGAAUUAUGCAUAGAAUGGAUAUCUUAUGGUCGCUUGUGCAAAUUUUGCAAUCCAAGGCUACAACCUAGCUGCAAUGGCUUGUCACCUCUUGGAGGCAGUAAAAUUAGCUCCUAAUGUUAAAUAUUGUGAGUGGUUUGUGAUUUUUUAUUGGCUCUAUGCUUUUUGCUUCGUCUCUGUCUCCCAAUCCCCUAAAAAUAUUUAAAGUAGGGGAAAAGGAGAGAGAGUUUACUUAAGAAACAUUUUGUGAAGAGUUUUUUGCUUCUGUUCUUCAUAGUUUGUGGAAAUGCCAUCAAUUAUUUUCUUUUCUCCUUUACCCAAUUUACAUAAGACAUCAUCAGUUAUUUGUAAGUUGUGAUGAUAUUCCAAUCUGGGUGCCUUAGCUGGAUAUUUCCAGCUGUUAUAGCUUUAAACUAUGGUUCUCUACUUAUGAACAUGUAG